UUUGUCUGGAUCGCUUCCGAGAUCGGAUCUACGCUGUUGCGGGUCAGGUAGCAUCCUGGAUACCCCUUCUCUUGUUAUGGUUAAUGUAUGUAUAGCGAAUAUACUACCGUAGUACUGUAUUAGUCUACCACAAGCUUAAUUCGUGCCACUCAGGAUCGGCCUUUGCUAUGCGGCUAUGCCUGGAGUUCGUUCACCUUCACGAUUGCAUCUCUGGAACUUAGUAUUAGCAUCUAAAUCUGGAUGUAUGUGGUAUGUCUAUGAGGAUUGAGGAGGAAUAACAGCUACAUCUGUUCUUGUCCAUGUUUCUGUAGCAUCAGUAGCGCAGCGUGGUUGUACGUUUGCUGUGUUGUUGUAUCACUCUUUGUCUCUGCAAGUGCUAAACCAGUCACUUUAUGGACGGUGGUUCCUGUGGUCUCGAGGGAGCGUCGGUAGUGACAUCUACUACCAGCGCUGGUAUUCAGCUUCUGCCAGAGAAGCACUGCACCGAUGAAGCUUGUGGAGCCAUGGCGGGCAGUAAUGGUCCUGAAGGAGUGCCAGUAGUGACUUCUGCUGAUGACCCUCCGACCCAUGCCGAUAUUCCAUUUCUCUGCAAUUCAGUUGAUGAAACCUGUGAAGCCACAGGGGACGGCAGUGCUCCCUUGGAUGCUCAGAUAUGUACGGGUUUCUCUAAGUUGAUCAGCUUGGAGGUGAAGAAAGGCCUCCAGAAGUGCGCGACGUUCCCACCCUCGUCUAGUCAGCCUCAGCAGGAGGAUUGUUCAUGCUCCCAUGUAGGUGAUGGCCUCACGGGUGCUCCUACUUUCUGGCGAUCUGUGUCCUUACCUGUGAUAAAUACAUGUGUGAGCUAAAUCUAUUGAUCUGCUUGUUUAUGUAACGGUACUUCAAAACUGUAUCACCGGUUAUGUCUUGGCAUGCUUCUUUACGGAUCUGUUAUCCAUGCAUGGCAGACAAUAGUUGGCAUUUUAGCAGCACAACAAUAUUUCUAACUAUUAAGUGUUAAUUAUCUAAUGUUAUUUCUAACUAUUAAGUGUUAAUUAUCUAAUGUAUUUAAUGAAGUAACACAGUUAGACUUGCCUAAAGAGGCCAGUGAAGCUUCACUGGCUGCAUAGAGAAGUACUUUUUUAUUAUCAUGUAAAUGCAUGGUUCUUUGGAACCAUUUGGCCUAUCUGAUUAAUUAUUACUAUAACCGGGAACGGGAGCCCGAGGCUAUAACCCGGACUCCUCGCCCUCGUACCUUGUUGCUGGCGAAGAGCGUCAUCAAUGGCGAGUGGAGGUUCACUACACAGUAAGCUCCCUCACUCGUUUCUUCCCCUCCCCCAAACUCUAGAGAUUCCAUCCGUGAUCGAGGCCGGUUCUCUGACCAAGGAGGCCCGCCGGAUCUUGGAGCAUCAUUCGCGGUCUUGGCGCGUCUACACAACUGUAUCCUAAGGGCGUCGAAGAGGAGAGACGGUACGCCGGUGGCGACAAGGUACGGUAGAUUUGAACUGGAGUGUGGAGGUAUCGUCGGCCAGUGCCAUCAGCGAUGGGUGGAGGUUUCCGUCGAGUCGAGGAAGAAGGAGCGCUUCGUGUAAAGGUAGCACUGCUUGCUCACGUUAAUCUUCCCUAUGCCUACAUCUAUGUUUUGGUUUUGCUGACCUGCAUGAAUACAGCCACUUGUUUUGGUCCUUGGUAUGUUUUCUAUGUUUUGGUUUUUCUAAUCUGCAUUGGAAGGCAUGCUGUUGGUAAGCAUUGUCGAUGCUCUGGUAGAAUAUAUCUUGAGUUACAAAUGCGAGCUUCAGUUUUCACGCAACUUCAUGAAAGCUUAGCUUUAUAGCGCAGUUCAGUGUUAAUUAUUUAAUUUUGUAGGCAAUAAAAAUGCAUUUCUUAUCCUUUAUGGUAGACAUUUCUGUCCUUUGCUACUGUCUAACUGAAUAGCUGAAAUACAAUGUUUUCAUUGGUCGAUUAAUAUUCUAUCCACUUGAAUCACAAUCACUCCCAUAAAGAAAAUUUCUUUUCCGUAAUUGAAGUUAAUGAACAAUACAACCAGGGAAUUGUUUUGCAUCCAUUGCAUGUCAUUUUUAGGUACCAAAGUAAACAAGCUCUGGACAGAUUCACUUUCAGUUUCAGUGAUCCUGUUUGCAACAUCCAAGCAUCCUGUAAUCACCUGUAUAGCAGUUACACCUGUUCAUGUACAUGCUUUUAACAAUAAAUCAACAACCGACAUGAUAGCUUUAUUGUAGAUGUUGUUUGUUUAUUGUUAUUAUCUUAUCGGAAGUGUCGUCAAGGAAGAUGACGAUGGUGGUAGGGAUCGACGAUAGCGAGCACAACUUCUACACGCUGAAGUGGGCGCACUACAGCACUUCUUCCCGCCGACCAAGCUGCAACACUACUGCCUUGUUGUCGUCACCGCCAAGCCCUCUGUCGCCUCCAUUGUUCGCCCUGCCAGCCCAGGUAUGGGAAUCUCCAAUCCAUGUGAGGAUUCAAAGCUAGACUAGAUGUAGCUUCUGACCUAUAUGAUUAGUUAUAUAUGUAUUGUAAUUGAUCAGUGCAGGCACCGCGGAUGUGCUGUCGUAUGUGGGGAGCAGACAGUCAACUUGCAUCUAGGUCUAAAUAAAAUAGUAGUGAUUAAAUCUUUGAAUCUGUAGAUCAAACCAUCUCAAGUAAUUUUAGUUUUGUUAUGAAAAUUUUUAGCUUAGAUGAAAUAAUUGCAUUUUGAUUAUUAAGAUUUAACAUACAUCUAGUUCUAUGAGGAAGGAAAUCAUAAGUGGAGAUUGAAGUUGAUCAACUUGACACUCGAAUAAAAGAAUCAACAAGUAUUGCAAGUGCUGAAAGUUGUGACUACUCAAGUCCAAUUGCUUUAUCGCACAAGUUCUGGUGGAGAUACUUAUUCUGGAAUCUUCAAAAGCAUCAACGUUAGUGUUCAAGGUUAGUAUAACAAGUAUUGCAAGUGUUCAAGGUUAGUAUAACAGAAUCAUUUUAAAACGAAGCAACAGGUCAGUGCCUUUGAAAUUAAACAACCAAAAUCACUGUAAAUUAAAGUCCCUUUGAGAGCUCCUCAAAAACAAUCUGACCAUAUUUUAUGCUUUUCUCCACCUUAUUUUUUGACUUUUUCUGGACUUUCAACUUAAUGCUUCUCUACCUGUUGUCAUACCGAAGCUACUGCUCCUGGAAGAGCAUCACCAACAUAUCCCUGAUGGCCCUCUCUGCUUCAUGCUCCAAGCACUUGGAUGUUCACCUUGAAAUAUAAUUAUUAAUAGGGACUGUCCAAAUACUUCAGCUAAGCAAAAUAGCGACCUCCAUAAAAAAGCAACCUGUAACUAUCUCUGAAAAUUUUGAAAAAACUGAUGGUAACUGAUAAGCUGCUGCUAGCAACUACCGUCGCCUAUUUGUUUUGUUUCAGAAAGUUAAGGUGCAUGAACCUCUGAUAUAGCA